AUGUUCAAUCUGCAGUCGAUUGUGCUGCUGGUCAUCUCCUACUUUGUGAUACCACGGCUCACCUUCCUCCCAACUACCCUCCACUCUCUCCUCAUUGUCUUCGGCCCGUUCCUGCUCCCGCGCCUGAUCAACGUCUUCAACAGCGCCCGAGCAGCCUCGCGCAGCGUCCCGAUCCGACCGACGCCUCCGAAGGUGCAGCAUGCGUUGAACCUGCUUGCUGCAAGCGCCGCCGUCUGCCUCGUCCUUACAUUGCCCUACUUCGCGCCCGAGAAUGUCUUCCUCAAGACGCAGAGUCGGCUGCAGAUUGAGCCGAGCGUACUGUUUGCGCGCCUGAGGCUCCUGCGCGACCUGACUCCGGCGGACGAAACACUGAGAAUCAAGUUCGGCAGCAUCCAGAACAGGCUGGUCUACCUUGCAUACGGGCCUGACACGCUCCUGAAUUGUAUCUGGUGCAGCAGCGGCGCGGGUAACGAUGCACAGAAUUACCUCCUGUACAGCCUGCCAAAGCUUGUUACACCGCACAUAUUCCACCUCGCGGUCCUGGGCCUAGCAACGUCUUCCUUUGUCGGCACCGAGGGGUCUAGAUUCCGUAUACACGCGACAAUCGCAGGUCUCGUGCUGUUGGUUGCGGAGGCAUGGUACCUGGGGACCUACGACAUUUCGGGGAACAAGAAGGCGAGAAUGCUGCAGGAGAUUGACUUUGCGCACUGGCGCGUCCGACUGCUACGGUACCUGUCGUUUGCUGCCGUGGAUGCUGCCCUUGGUCUUGUCCUUUGGCUGACGAGCACCAACCGAUGGCUUGCCAGGCCGGCGUCCAUUGCGGAGCGGCUCGAGAUGACUACAAGAGACGCAGAACAGAGCCUGUCCAAGCUGCAUGCCCUAGGAUUGCUCUCCAAUUCCAUCAACCGCGAUCAGACACUGCGCAAUGCGCGAGAGGCAUACUGGCGGAUGGAGGGGGAGGAAAUGGCAGAAGUGGUGCAGGAGGAAGACGUCACGGCCGAAAUCAACAAGGCGCUGAGCAAGAUGGACGUACCCAACGUGCAACGGCAGAUUGAUCAGGCAGUCGACGCUCUCAUUUCGGAUAUUGAUGGUUUGGGGUCCUCGCUACAUAUGAGUGCGAGUGCUGCAGCUGGGGAGCAAUAUCAAUGA